AUGGAUCGGUCGGCCUCGUGUGCGAGUGAAAAUUUGAAGUUGAAAAAUGUCAAAAGUUUCGAGGCGAGAGGAGAGCAUCGGAGCUUCAUGAGCAAAGAAGAAGGGGAACAUACGGUGGCCAAGGAUUUUGCGAAAUUCGAGGGUAACGAGGUAAAUUUCAGUGAGACGUCCAGGUUUCCCACAAUGGAAAGCCAGCACCAGGCCGAUACAGAAAAUCGGAUACGACCCGCCGUUGCAAGCGGAUCGACGGAUGACAGUGGCGGAGACAAGGGGGCUAGUGGAGGAACGAAAAAGAAGAAAUCGUCGACGAAACAACGAACUAUCCACGUGCUGGACUGCCUCGUGUCCGCGACGGUGAUCGGGCCGAUGGUCAUCGCCCACUGGAGAGGAAUUUGGGUCCUCAUGGAUUUCUACGAGAACACAUUCAGCGGCUGGGCGUGCUUCACCUUCGGGCUGGGCCUGCACUUGCUCUUCGCCGCGUGGAAGCACCACUUGCACCGAUUAUUCGCCUCCGACGCCGAAACGAAGGGCCCUUGCGGCCGAUUGGGCCGCCGCGUCGUCCGCAGCUUGUACACUUACGCGUUCAGUCUCGCCUGCAAUUGCCACUGGCGCGGCGCCUGGGUCCUGCUCAACGACACUUUUGGCACCCAAGCCGGGUAA